AUGGUGACGAAUCAUGUCACAAUAAAAAAACAACGUCUCGUAGAAGAAUUGCAUGCUCCGGCGAGAAGAAAUUUUCCCCGUAGACGCGUUAUUGUACGCAGAUACGAUGAUCUCUGGCAAGCGGAUGUGGUAGAAAUGCGUCCGUAUUCGCGCGUCAACAGAGGCUACCACUACAUACUUACGGUUAUUGAUGUGCUGAGCAAGUACGCGUGGGCCAUACCGCUUAAGAGUAAGAGUGGACGCGAAGUCACCAAAGCUUUUGCAGGAAUACUUCGGGAUAACAAAAGAUGUCCACACAAUUUGCAAACUAAUCGUGGAAAGGAAUUUUACAACACAGAUGUACAGACAUUGAUACAAAAGCAUAGCAUCAAUUAUUAUUCCACAUAUUCGGUUAUGUAG